AGUCCCGGUCUGCGCGCCUUUCCGCCUUGUUGCUGCCGUCGUCGCCGCCGCCGCCGUCCGCGCCCCCGCUCUGGUCUGUGGUGCAGCCGGGACCUAGGACCAUGUCGCUGUCGCGCUCGGAGGAGAUGCACCGGCUCACGGAAAAUGUCUACAAGACCAUCAUGGAGCAGUUUAACCCCAGCCUGCGGAACUUCAUCGCCAUGGGGAAGAACUACGAGAAAGCCCUAGCAGGUGUGACGUACGCUGCCAAAGGCUACUUCGAUGCCCUAGUGAAGAUGGGGGAGCUGGCCAGCGAGAGCCAGGGCUCCAAAGAACUCGGAGACAUGCUCUUCCAGAUGGCCGAAGUCCACAGGCAGAUCCAGAAUCAGCUGGAGGAAAUGCUGAAAUCUUUCCACAACGAGCUGUUGACACAACUGGAGCAGAAGGUAGAGCUGGACUCCAGGUACCUGAGUGCUGCACUGAAGAAAUACCAGACGGAGCAGAGGAGCAAAGGCGAUGCCCUGGACAAGUGUCAGGCUGAGCUGAAGAAACUUCGCAAGAAGAGCCAAGGAAGCAAAAACCCACAGAAGUACUCAGACAAGGAGCUGCAGUACAUCGAUGCCAUCAGCAAUAAGCAGGGCGAGCUGGAGAGCUACGUGUCUGAGGGCUACAAGACGGCCCUCACGGAGGAGCGCAGGCGCUUCUGCUUCCUGGUGGAGAAGCAGUGCGCUGUGGCCAAGAGCUCUGCCGCCUACCACGCCAAGGGCAAGGAGCUGCUGGCCCAGAAGCUGCCGCUAUGGCAACAGGCCUGUGCUGACCCCAACAAGAUCCCUGACCGCGCUGUCCAGCUGAUGCAGCAGGUGGCCAGCAGCAAUGGCGCCAUCCUUCCUAGCACCCUGUCGGCUUCCAAGUCCAACCUGGUCAUCUCAGACCCCAUUCCGGGGGCCAAGCCCCUGCCAGUACCCCCUGAACUGGCACCAUUUGUGGGGCGGAUGUCUGCCCAGGAGAACGCGCCCAUCAUGAACGGGGUCGCAGGCCCAGACAGCGAAGACUACAACCCUUGGGCUGACCGCAAAGCCACUCAGCCCAAGUCCCUGUCUCCCCCGCAGUCUCAGAGCAAGCUGAGCGACUCCUACUCCAACACGCUGCCUGUGCGCAAGAGCGUGACCCCCAAAAACAGCUACGCCACCACUGAGAACAAGACCCUGCCCCGCUCCAGUUCCAUGGCAGCUGGCUUGGAGCGCAAUGGGCGCAUGCGGGUAAAGGCCAUCUUCUCCCAUGCCGCGGGGGACAACAGCACGCUGCUGAGUUUCAAGGAAGGGGACCUCAUCACCCUGCUGGUGCCUGAGGCCCGUGAUGGCUGGCACUAUGGCGAGAGCGAGAAGACCAAGAUGCGGGGCUGGUUUCCUUUCUCUUACACCCGGGUCCUGGACAGUGACGGCAGCGACAGGCUGCACAUGAGCCUGCAGCAGGGGAAGAGCAGCAGCACUGGGAACCUGCUGGACAAGGACGACCUGGCCCUGCCACCCCCUGACUACGGCGCAUCCUCCCGGGCCUUCCCCACCCAGACGGCCGGUACCUUCAAGCAGAGGCCCUACAGUGUGGCCGUGCCUGCCUUCUCCCAGGGUCUGGAUGACUAUGGAGCCAGGUCUGUGAGCAGCGGCAGUGGCACGCUGGUGUCCACAGUGUGAGGACGCCGACCUCGGCGCUGCUGCUCUGAAGAGCUCCGCCCCCCCACCCCGUCUCCACCCGCUCCCUCCUCAGCUCUCGCUGGUUUGUUCUUGGGUUGUUUUUCUUUCCACUCACCCCGCCUUUUGGUUGGUGACCCCAGACUCUGUGAUCCCCCAGGGUCCAUGGUGCUGCUCCUCCGCCCCCGUGUUCACAGCCCUCCCCUCGUCCCAGCCUCUCGCGCAGAAACUGCCAGGCAGGACUUGCCGGGGCAGCUCAGGGGCCCUUGGCCCACCUGCGGCGUUCAUGACGCCCUCACCCCUUAUCUGAGGCUUACUGAGAGCCAGGUCUAAAGUUUGAAGAAAAAGAAAAAUCUUAAAAAAAAAAAAAAAAGAUGAAAAACAGGAAAAAUGAUUUUUUUCCUGAAAAACAAAAACAGAUCUGCAUGGACUCCGGUGUUAUGUACUGUUACUUUGCAUCUGACUCCCCCCCCUUGCGCUGGCGUCUGCUGGGACAGGGGAGGUGCUGGGCCGAGGAUCAUGCCCCGGGGACUCCAGCCAACCUAGGCGCCUUCUGAGGGCUUCACAGAGAAAGGGGGCUCAUGCCAAGCCCCGGGGCCUCCUGAGGAAGCUGGCCACUCCUGUGAGGGAGGCUGCCCACCAGGUCGGGUGCCUCCGUGGACACUGCUGGCCAGGUGUGCAGGCCCAGCGUUUCAGGCUGGUGUGUCUCCAUGGCAGGGCGUUGUUACCUCACGCAGCGCGCUGGCAGGCGCGGGCUGGGGGCAGGCGCUGCCUGGCCGCACGCGGACAUUCCAAAGACCUCCCGAGACCCACCCCACCCCACGUUUUUUGGAAAUCGUUUCUUUAACCAGCCUUGCGAGGGAGUCACGGCCACGUGCCAGCCCACCUGACUGCUCGGGGCAGGGUGUGUGCGCUGGGCCCGGUGAGGCCGGCCUGGGGAGGGCUUUGGCGUGCUGCCCUGCACCUCCCAUCCAGGGGAAGCAGGUGGUCCCUGCCCCGGUUCUUUCUAUACACUCUUGUCUUUUUGUGUGUCUUGGUGACUUCAGAAACAAACACACUGGACUCAGUGGCUACUGGUUUUGUCUCUUCACACAUUGAAUUCUGGGGAGUGGAGUGAAGGGCACAGCCUGGCUCAGCCCGCCUGCCGGUGGGAGCCCCUUUGUGAAGCUGUGGACGCCCCUUUUUCUGAUGUGAUUUAUCAAAACCCUCCCGCAUACCUGCCUGUGGACUGGGAUGUGGCCGGUAGUGUAAGCAGCAGCUCCGAGGCACAGACAGAUCCGUUUUAUAUUUAAGGGAAGCAAAGCCAGGACUGGGACCUCUGUAAGGAGAACCUUCUGUGUUGUUCGAAUUUUGCUAAAAGAUUUUCAAAUCCAGGGGAUUCCAUGUUUCAUGGAUGAAUGUAGACACAAAACAGCAAAACUUGUAUGAAGAUGUAAAGUGCUGAAAAUAUUUUUUCCUGUUUCCUUUCCUUUUUUUUUUUAAAUCUGAAUUGUGCCCUGUACUGCAGUUAAUUGUUUGAAUAAAAGUUUUAUUUAUUGCACCGAGUUGGGUUUGGAGCCUCCUUCCAGUCCCCAGCACAUGUCUGGGGCCGAGGGGGUCAGGCCCUGCCCCGUGCACCCCUCUGCGGAGUCUCCUUCAGAGAAAAGCUGGGCAAGCAAAGCAGGGUUGCCUUCCCCACACCUCUGGGCACUCAGCCGGCCAUCCAGCCACACUGGCACAACUUGGUGCUGCCUCCUGACUCCCUCUAGCCCCACAGAGCGAGGCAGGUCCUGCAGGCCUCUGCCCACAGCUGCAUCUGCGCCUGGCCUGGGCCCCUGGCAGCCCCAUCCUCCAAUCUGGCCCCCAUGUCCCCUUCGCCACCUCCAACUGAGCC